UGGUGUGCGCACUCCCCGAGUUCUCGAGCUGGGGAAGCCUGCGAGUCCUCGCCAAAACCCCUAUAAAACCCCUCUUCCACAGUAAAACCACGCCCUCCCUCCCACCUCACAGUUAAACCACACAGAAGCAAGCUCAACCCCAGAGUCCAGGCCCGAUCGAAGCAGGCAAGCUAGGCCAUGGACAAGGAGAAGGAGCGGCGCGCCACGUGGGUCCCCGGCGCCGUCAUCGUCGGUGCGGGUCCCUCGGGGCUCGCCGCGGCGGCGUGCCUGGCGGCCCGUGGCGUGCCGGCCACGGUGCUGGAGAGGUCCGACUCGCUGGCCUUCACGUGGCGCCACCGCAUGUACGACCGCCUGGCGCUCCACCUCCCCAAGCGCUUCUGCGAGCUCCCGCUCCUGCCGUUCCCGGAGGAGUACCCCACGUACCCCAACAGGGACCAGUUCGUGACGUACAUGGAGCGGUACGCGGCGGCGUCGGGGGUCGCGCCGCGCUUCGGGGCCAGCGUCGAGGAGGCCGCCUUCGACACGGUCCUGGGCGCAUGGGCGGUGCGCCUCGCCGGCGGCGAGGUGCUGAUGGCCAGGUGGCUCGUGGUGGCGACGGGCGAGAACGCGGAGCCGCACGUCCCGGAUUUCCCCGGCUUGCGGCAGUUCGCCGGGCGCGUGCUGCACACGUGCGAGUACAAGUCCGGGGAGGAGUUCGCCGGGGAGAAGGUGCUGGUGGUGGGGUGCGGGAACUCCGGCAUGGAGGUGAGCCUUGAUUUGUGCCGGUAUGGCGCCAAGCCCUCCAUGGUGGUGCGAAACACGGUGCAUGUGCUGCCGAGGGAGAUGUUGGGUCUCUCCACAUUCGGCAUCGCCAUGGCUCUGCUCAAGUGGCUGCCGGUCCAGCUCGUCGACCGGUUCAUCCUGGCGGCGGCUCACCUGACCCUCGGCAACACGAGCCAGAUCGGGCUUAGACGACCAAAGACGGGGCCCAUCGAGCUCAAGAACCUCACCGGCAGGACCCCUGUGCUGGACGUUGGGACGCUAGACCACAUCAAAUCAGGCAAAAUUAAGGUGGUAGGAGCAGUGAAGGAGGUAACGAGGGUCGGGGCCAGGCUCGCGGACGGCAAGGAGGAGCAGUUCGACGCAAUCAUACUCGCCACGGGCUACAGGAGCAACGUGCCCUCCUGGCUCAAGGAUGGAGGCGAUGUUUUCACGAGAGAAGGCACGCCUAAAACCCCCUUCCCCAACGGCUGGAAAGGGCGGAACGGCCUCUACACCGUCGGCUUCUCGCAGCGAGGACUCCUGGGAGCCUCGUCGGACGCCCUCUCUGUCGCCAGGGAUAUACACUGCCAAUGGAGGGAAAGAGAAAGAGAGUGAUUCGCUAAAUGUGUGCUUGAAGAUAACAUAGCUCUGUCUGUUUUGAUGAAGGAGUAGGAUUUUUGUGAAUAUAAUUAACACCAUGCUUCUUGCCCGUCAGAAGGCACAA